AUGACCGUGCAAGAUAUGGAUAUCUCUCUGAAUAUUUCUGCAAAACCUGGUGAUGGAAAGAGUACAGAAAGGGGGGAUGAUUUUCUUCUUAACUUAAUGAGAGAGAAAAAGACUCUGUCGACAAAACCCAAGAUUAUAAGCAGUAGUAUCAUAAAAAAUGCCACCGUUGAGAACAGUAAUACUAGUAAUACUACUAAUAAAAGAGUUAAGCAAAAAUCAUUAGCCACAAUUGUUGCACAAAGAUUGAAGGGCAGUAAUACGCACAGUCUGAAACAAUCUCCUAUUGUACAAAAGAAAUUAAAGACCAAGUCACAGUCUGUAAAUACUGAGCGUAAAGAAUCAAAACAGGAAGUGGUUAAAGCAUCUAUAAAGGUAGAUAAGAAUGCUGCAAAAAGCAAUAGAUCUUUAUCAAACAGAAAUGACGAGGUUUCCAAUGAACCUGUUAUUUCAUUUGCUAAAGUUACCAAAGAUAAUUUUGGUAAAACACUAUUUGCAAAGAAAAGAAACAUUACAGAUGCCAAUUCAAAGAAAACACUUUCUAGUAUUUUUUCCAAGCAAGAAACAUCUGAAAACAAACAGGUUAGUUUGUUAAAUUCAUUAAAGAGAGUAGAACAAGAGGAAGAUGUACCAGAAAAGAAGUCUCAACUUGAAGAAUUCAAGAAACUGAAAUUUGAAGCAUCUAAAGAAUCUUCUACUACAACAGAAAAACUAAACCUUGGUAGAAAAAAGAAAAGAAAAGAUGAAACUGAAAAUAAUAGUAAUGUAGAAGAUAACAAAAAUACACAUAUUUCUCAUAAAUCUGGGGGAAAGAUAUCUUCCUUAUUUGGUCAUAAUCCAGACAUACCAAACAUUGGUCAACGUUUAGUAAAGCCAAUAAAUGAGCCAGUAUUUACAGGAACAACUUUUGCUGAUCUGAAUGUUCAUCCUUUUAUGAUAUCUAAUUUGGAGCAAAAUAUGAAUAUCACUAAAAUGACUACGGUACAACAAAAAGCAAUUCCGCAGAUACUUUCAGGAAAAGAUAUUUUAAUUAGGUCUCAAACAGGUUCUGGAAAGACACUGGCGUAUGCUUUACCUAUAGUUGAAUGUUUGCAUAAAAUUAGGCCAAAAUUGAAUAGAAAUAGCGGAUUAAAUGCUCUCGUAGUUGUACCAACUAGGGAAUUAGCUCUGCAAACUUACGAGUGUUUCUUGAAAUUGAUAAAACCAUUUACGUGGAUCGUACCGGGUUAUUUAGCAGGGGGUGAAAAGAGGAAAGCAGAAAAGGCGAGGCUGAGAAAAGGGUGCAAUAUCUUAGUUGGCACACCAGGUAGAUUGUUAGAUCACAUAAAGAGAACGAAAGCCUUAAAACUGAACGACGUUAAGUGCUUCGUUCUGGACGAGGCGGAUAGAAUGUUCGACAUGGGCUACGAAAAAGACAUAUCAGGCAUAGUGAGUGCUUUAAAGGUAUCCACUCCGAGUAAGAACAACACGGAAUACGAUGCGAUGAAAUUGUUUCGACAAAACAAGAAAAAGAUCUUUACCGACGACGACAUCGAGCGUCUAGAAAACAGUUCUGAUUUAAAGGAAUCUGAAAAAAACGACCAAGGAGACCCGAUUGCGAAAUCAAACAAAAGCACAGAUUCCGAUUCUAUGUACGACACGAACGAAGAUAGUGCAAUGCAAAAACGAGAGUAUCAUUCCAGCAGCGAUAAUGAUUCCGACGAAGGCGAGCCUUUCGUGAAAUCGGAAAAAUUCAACAAGCGGAAGGUGUCGAAAGCAGAAUCUACGAAAACGAAAGAAUCGAACGUGUUAAAAGAUAACACGGAACAAAAGGAAUACGAUAAUAGCAGCAGAGAUCCGUCGAGAAAACAGACGAUCCUGCUUUCAGCAACGUUGACACAAGCUGUGGAAAAAUUAGCAGGUCUUGCUAUGGAUCGACCUGUUUUCGUUGACGCUGCGAAGGAAAAUUUGGAAAGUGUCGGUGGCGAUGCAGAUGACGUUAACGAAGAUCUGGUGGUUCCACAAAGUGUAACACAGUCUUAUAUCGUUACACCGCCCAAAUUAAGAAUGGUGACUUUAAGUGCUUACAUCACUGGAAAGUGCCAGAGCCACGGUCAGCACAAAGUAUUGGUAUUCAUGGCAACUCAAGAUAUGGUCGACUAUCACACAGAAAUCUUAUCGGCGGUGCUGACCAAACCGAUAGACGAAGAUGACGAGGAAUCUGAUCCCCUGGUGGACGUGGAAUUCUUCAAAUUACACGGUAGCAUGACCCAAAAGGAACGAACCGAAGUGUUCAAAACAUUCCGACUGGCAAAGAGCGGUGUUCUACUUUGCACGGACGUCGCAGCUCGAGGACUGGAUCUACCAAAAGUGGACUGCGUGAUUCAGUAUACAGGACCGACGUCAGCCAGGGACUACGUGCAUCGAAUAGGUAGAACAGCUCGGGCUGGUUCUUCCGGUUCGGCCACGAUCUUUCUAACGCCGCCAGAAAUCGAAUUCGUACGGAUGUUAGAGUCUAGACGUAUCAGGAUCAAGCAAGAGAACAUGGAGGAUGUGUUGGACAAACUAUUGAGUCACCUGUCGAAUCAUUCUUCGCCGCACAAUGCCGCGAUCGCGCUUCAGAACGAUUUCGAGAAUAUGGUGCUGGAAGAUUCGCAGCUUCGUCACAAGGCGUACAAAGCGUACACCUCCUGGAUACGAUUCUACUCUAGCUACCCCCGCGACAUGAAGGAGAUCUUCAAUCGAAAGGAAGCUCAUCUCGGCCACUACGCGAAGAGUUUCGCGUUGAGGGAGACACCUCAGAAAAUCGGCGGUGCAGGGAAGAAGAUCUACCAGAGAGAAAUCUCGAGACAACCUCAGCACAACAACAAACUGACAAACGAGAGGCCUGACGGGGAGCCAGCGAUGAAGAAGAAGAAGCAAGAGCACCAGCAGCACCAGCAGCAGCAACGUCAAAGUGACGUGACGAGGAUGGGGUUGCUGAAGAGAGUCAGGAUGCUCAACACCUCCGAGUACGGCAGCGGCCUCGAGCCCGUGAAGAAGCCAAAGAAAUCCUGA